AUGUGGAACAUCCUGCUGGCAACCGAGGAAGCAGCAAAGACAUUGGAAAGGAUUUUUCUCACUACUAACAUACUGAGACUAGAAACAGAGUACACGGGCACCAAGAAGUCUCGGGCUGUCCAUAUAUAUCACCAACGCCCAUUUGGUGGCCUUCUUCUCGGAUUACGCUCCCGUGGAUGGGUUGUCUUGUAUCAAGUACGCUACCCCACACGGGAGCAUCCCAAAGUGGAUGCAACAAAGAAGAUUCCCUGUGGUCGAGGUGAAUGGACUGAGGUGGUGAAUAAAGGAACAAAACAAACAACCCCGUCUCCACAACAGGAUGUGCUUGGAAAGGUAGCUGUUAAACCGACUCAGAAGCAGGUUAAGCUGCAACAGCAGCAACAAUGGACAAAACAAAGCCGCAGCAGCAAUAAUCGCAGACUGAGUCGCAGCGUCAGCAUCAGUAUCAUCAGUGACAGCAAGAGCUGCAGAAACAGCAGUAGCAGCAGCAGCAGCAGCGAAGGCAAAAUGCCCAGCAGCAGGCACAACAACAACAGCAUCGGCAUGGAGAGCAGCCAAAGCCGCAACGUCAGCAAAGCCAACAAGACAGGAGCCGCAGCAGCAGCAGAGUCAGGACCAGGAGCUCCCCUAGAAGCAUCAAUCACAGCAGCAGCCUGA